CCACAAGUCUUUGCCGGUGAACUGUCACCCAAAAUGUCAGCACCCUAGGAACUCAUGCACCGGGGUGACUACACUAUUUACUUGAAAGAUUCGUAUAUUUUUUUCAUAUCGUCGUGACUGUUCACCAAUGGUCCGCCAAAGUGGCAAUGGCCUAGAUAGUUUUAAUGACAUUAUAUAUUCCUGGCUAACAUCAGCUAACAUGUAUUUAUCCUUCAGUCCUGCCAGGUAACGUUAUCUCACUUGAUAGCUGAAGGAAAACAUGUCGUUUUCUCUGGUGAAACGGUGUUGUGAAACACCCCUUUUAGGACGUGUUUUACAGUUCAAAAUGUACAAAAGGAAAAUACAAAACUAUAAUACGACUUACACAUUGUUAAGACAUCGCUGGAUGAAAAGACUGCCCUUGUUCUCCAGCAGCUUCAAGAGGAUCAGCACACAAGCAGACAAGGAUACCAUUGACCUGUCUAGGUUCCCUGUAGACAGAAUCAGGAAUUUUUGCAUCAUUGCUCAUAUUGAUCAUGGAAAAAGCACUUUGGCUGACAGGCUGUUGGAGAUGACAGGUGCCAUAGUGAAGACUGAGAAAAACAAACAGGUGUUGGACAAGCUUCAGGUGGAGCGAGAGAGAGGGAUAACAGUGAAGGCCCAGACAGCAUCUCUGUUUUACAACCACGAGGGACAGCAGUACCUCCUGAACCUUAUCGACACACCGGGUCAUGUUGACUUCAGCUAUGAAGUGUCUCGAUCGAUUUCUGCAUGCCAAGGAGUCCUGUUGAUCGUCGAUGCCAAUCAGGGGGUUCAAGCGCAAACGGUGGCCAACUUCUACUUGGCUUUUGAGGCUCAGCUGGCAAUCAUCCCUGUCAUCAACAAGAUUGAUUUGAAAAAUGCUGAUCCAGAGAGGGUGGAGUCACAGAUUGAAAAGGUGUUUGAUAUUCCACGGGAAGAAUGCAUCAGGAUCUCAGCUAAACUUGGAACCAAUGUUGAAAAUGUUCUCCAAGCAAUCGUGAACAGAAUCCCACCGCCUGUGGCAAGUACUCAUGACCCAUUUAAAGCCCUGGUGUUUGACUCCAAUUUCGACCACUAUAGAGGAGUGGUGGCCAACAUCGCUGUGUUUGGAGGUCGGGUCAGAAAAGGGGACAAGAUCGUGUCGGCACAUCUUGGCAAAACCUACGAGGUCAACGAGCUGGGGCUUCUCAGGCCAGAUGAGCACCCAACACAGAAGCUGUUUGCAGGCCAAGUGGGCUACAUAGUAGCAGGGAUGAAGGAUGUGAAGGAGGCCCAGAUUGGUGACACACUCUACCUCCAGGACCAGCCGGUGGAAGCUCUUCCAGGUUUUAAACCCGCCAAAGCCAUGGUCUUUGCUGGCAUGUAUCCAAUGGACCAGUCAGAGUACCCGGGCCUUCGCAGCGCCAUUGAGAGACUGACCCUGAAUGACUCAAGCGUCACAGUGCAGAGAGACAGCAGUCUGGCCCUGGGAGCAGGCUGGAGACUUGGCUUCCUCGGUCUUCUCCAUAUGGAGGUGUUCAAUCAGAGGCUGGAGCAGGAAUACAAUGCCUCUGUUAUAGUAACAGCGCCCACCGUGCCCUACAAGGCUGUCCUCUCUUCAGCUAAACUCAUCAAGGAACACGGCAGUGAGGAGAUAACCAUCGUGAACCCCGCUCAGUUCCCAGACAGAUCAGUUGUGUCAGAGUAUUUGGAGCCUAUGGUUCUGGGGACCAUUCUUGCUCCAGACAGUUACACUGGCAAGAUUAUGACUCUCUGCCUGAAUCGCAGAGCCAUCCAGAAGAACAUGGUGUACAUAGACGACCAGCGUGUCAUGAUGAAGUAUCUCUUCCCUUUAAAUGAAAUCGUUGUGGAUUUCUAUGACCUCCUCAAAUCGCUGUCCUCUGGAUAUGCAAGCUUUGACUAUGAGAGCGCAGGCUACCAGGCUGCUGACUUGAUAAAGAUGGAUUUUCUGCUGAAUGGGCGGCCUGUGGAGGAACUCACCACAGUUGUUCACAGAGACCGUGCAUACAGCACAGGGAAAGCCAUGUGUGAGCGACUCAAAGACUCCAUACCAAGGCAGAUGUUUGAGAUCGCUGUACAGGCAGCCAUUGGUAGUAAGGUCAUUGCAAGGGAAACAAUUAAGGCGUACAGAAAGAAUGUUCUCGCUAAAUGUUAUGGAGGUGACAUAACACGGAAGAUGAAACUACUGAAGAAACAGGCAGAGGGUAAAAAGAAGAUGCGGCUUAUCGGCAACGUGGAAGUUCCCAAAGACGCCUUCAUUAAUGUUCUGAAGAGAAAAGAAAAAUAGACUGCAGUUUAUUAUUUUAUAAUAAAAUCAUUCCUCCAUGCAACAGGUCUUUGUUAUUGAAAAGCCAUGCUAGAUUUACUCUGAAUAAAGUGGGUUAUUGUUGCUGCAAACUGC